AAGCAAAAGCAUUUUAAAGUUGUGACACCUAUCACGUGUUGCAUGUUGGCGUACCUAUGAAGAAGGAGGACAGCUCUGAGGAAGAAAAUAUGAAGAAGGUUCUUCAUUACUUCCACGGCACUUGUGAGCUCCCUCAGGAACUACACGUGGUGGACUACACCUACCAGCACUGUACUCGUUCGUGUGAUAGCCGCACUACAAGCAGGAUGCGGAGUUGUAGAACCACAUCACUAGUGGAGCAUCAUCAUCAUUACCACUUCAACUUGAAGGGCCGCAAGAUGACGAGCAGAGAGAGGACAAGAACAAGCAGAAAGAGGAAGACGGGGACUAGAAUAAUGGCCAGCAGACGUGGUCGUGUCUUCUUAAUGUCCCUGUCCGACGUGGUUGCCUUCUUUCUGCUGGGUACCACCAGCAACAUCAGGGGGACCGAAGGGUUCGAAAGGGAUUUGCUGAAACGAAAAGAAAGAGAAGGAGAAGAUGACGAAGAACGAACGAACAUCUUGGUGGAACAACUUUCAGUGGCUAACUUCCCAGAUGGAGACGAAGAUGCCUCCUCAGCAAGUAGUGCAAGAACAAGUUCUUCAUCUUUAUCUGGAGAAGUAGUACAAGAAAGUAGUACUUCUUCUUCUUCUAAGCGUAGAGCAGGUCAACAACAGUCGCCCUUUCUUCGGAAGCAGUGGUCCUCCAAUAACAAUAUACACACAGGAGAAGGAAAUAAGUCGCGCCUAAAACUACGAGGAACUCGAAAUAUCAGACAAGAGAUGAAAGGGACUAUGACGCCUGCUCAGUAUGAACUACAAGAGCAAGUGGAUCAUGAAUAGGGCUACAGGAAAUCCAUCUUCACAGGCACCGGGGUCCCGUUUUUUAAGGGAAAAGGGGGCCCAGGAUGCUGCUGCGGAUGGAUCUCGCUUAAUACUUGGCUCUAACAUAAUGCUGGGCACCUGUGGACGAAUAGAACUAAAAAGAGGUCGUUUAGAGGGUCGAUUUCUACAGACAGCUACAUCGCAGAGCGGGAACAAAAGCAAGCAGGAGAUGAACAGUGGGCGGAACAGCAGGCUCAAGCACCAGAUGCAGAUGUUGAGAUGGCCCAGGAACAGAUUGCUACUGUUAAGAUGAUAUCUCUCAUACUAGUUUUCCGCGAAGCCGAAGUAUAACCCCCCGUCGUCUUCUACUCGUGCUUCUAUUUCUCUUGUCGUUGAGAUGAAACUACUACACCACGUCGUGAGCAUCACAGCUUUUUUCCUUAGAAGGAUCCUCUGCUUAUUUUCUAUUGUGCUUUCUCGUUGAACAAAGCAGCAAUAGAGAGAACAAGCCCUGCUUAACUUUCCCUUGUCUUGUUCCUCCCUUGUUUGCGAUUCUUUCUAAUCACCGGAGCGACGCCGGAGGAGCAUCAUCUUCAGGACCAAUAUCGCAGUUCCUGAUGCAGUUGUUCUACGGUCGUGGUCACCCGGCUAAUAAGACUGAAGGAAGCACUACCUACGGUGGCCAACAACAUAGAAAUUUGAGUCCCUCCGUUGUUGGAAAAGAUUAUGGCUCAGUAGUAUAUUUUUAAACCUCACGCUUAUCAGUUAUUCUCUGCUCAUUUUUUUCUUGGAUGCAUUCUGAGAAAAAGCCAAGUGAACUUUCGCUUUGAGCUCUCUCUUCUAAUUCUAAGGUGGAGAAAUAGAAGCUGGCCGAGUACUAGGUGGUCAAAUAAGACAAUCGAAAUUUCGUGGCUCUGCUUCGUUGUUUGACAGCAGGUCUUCUACUAGCAAGUCUUCUAGUACAACUAGCACGACGUCCACCACGACGAUUCCGAUUGCAGCGACGACAACUACGACGGUGUUGAGGAACACGACUGCCACUUCUUUUCGUACUAAUU